GAAAAGCGCUGCAAUCUAAAUCUCUUUCUACCUAUUCAGAAGCUAGAUAUUUUGGUCACUACGAAACGACUCUAUUUCGGAAAGGAUAUUGAACUCAUUAAUGGUUCCUCAAAUUUCACAGGCAGAGCUUAUCGUCCAAAAAUUUGGUCUGAAUUUGCUAAUGGUGCUACUGUCCGAUUUCUGCUUCCCGAGAGGUAUUUUAGCAAAUUCGGAGUGGAAAUGGGCCUUCUUCAGGAGAUCAUCAAUGGGCCGAUCUACUCAGUUGUUAACUUCGUUUCCACCUCUUUUUCCGGUUCCCUGGUUGAUUUUAAAUCUCCCAAUUGCCCCCCAGGAGAUGUAUUUAUAAUUGUCCUUGAAAAUGAUUUAACAGUAAAAGUCACCUCUCCACAAAGUACGGUAGGAAACGGGAAUGUAAAGAUUGAAAGUGCUGAAAUGAGUUUCAAGAUGAGGGCUGGAGAUUUGUUGUACCUCCCCUCAUUUUACUCACACGAAGUGAAACUUGAGGAAGGCUGUGAACAUGCUAUUGUUCUUUGCAUUGUCAAUCGUACUCCGGUUUUGAUUCGUGAAUGGGGAACAAAGUUAAUGCGGACCAUGAAUAUGCCCCAAGCGCUUAUACAAACUGAUCUUUUUCGUAGACUCCUUGAGUGUACACGGAAUUCAGAAGCCCACUUCAGCGACCUAUAUAUUAGUUCUCAGUUUCGACGCCCAUCAACCGCACUGGUUAAAUCUGCUGAUAUUGGUUCCUCUAAGACCCUCCCCCGUAAACUCAGUUUCUCCUCUUCAAACACCUUCUCUGCUAGUAGUCCCACCACCAAAGCUCUUCAGCAACAGAAGCACCUACUCAAAAACCGAACCAACUCCUCCGGCCAGCUGCUUCAGCUUACCCAUGCAGUUUCUAGCGAUCCACUGCUGUCCUCAGAGGCCUGUGACAGCAGAGGAACUAAUGACCCAAUAGCCCUUCAAGGCCACAUGCUCCAGCGUAUGCAUUUCCGAGUUCCUGCAGUCUGUGAAUUGUGUAAAAAGGCCUGUUGGCAUGUUAUCUCACCUCCCCCUGCACUGCAAUGUCUUCAUUGCCAAGUGAAGCUCCAUCAGUCACACAUCGAGAAAAAAGACUACGUAUUGCGUCCAUGUGGAAAGUCGACGGCAAUUCUUCUAUUUCGCGCGCCCUCUGAAGAGGCUAAACUCUCGUGGCUUAAGAGUCUGCAGUCGGCGAUGUCGUCUAUAGCUGCAAAUGCGGGUAGUAAUCCAACGCAGUCUUCAUCUCUUUCGCUAUGUUCUGCCACUGCUGCUAGAGAGGGUUGUGCCUUCCUUGGUUUUAAGUUCCUAAGAUCCACAGAAUAA